AUGAUAGUAUUUUUUGAAAUACCGACCUAUCUAUCUAUCUAUCUAUCUAUCUAUCUAUCUAUCUAUCUAUCUAUCUAUCACAAGAUAUACUUACUAAAAAUUACACAAAAAAUCUAUAUAUUCUCUAUCUAUAUAUUCUCACGCAUACCUGACUACUUAUCCAUCUAUCUCAGUGCAUCAAACAGUCUAACUCUUUCUCUAUCUCUCACUCUCUCUCUCUCUCUCUCUCUCUCUUUAUAUAUCAUACCUACCUACAUACCGACCUAUCUAUCCAUCUAUCUCAGUACAUCAAACUGUCUAACACUUUCUCUCUCUCUCUCUCUCUCUCUCUCUCUCUCUCUGUGUCUUUCUCUCUCAUUCUCUGUCUCUGUCUUUCUCUCUGUCUUUCUUUUGUUGUUGCUAUCUAUGUUGAUUUAUUUAUCUCUCUUUUACCUAUCUAUCUCUGCUGAUAUCUAUGCCUGUCAAUAUCUAUCUAUAUUGAUAUCAUUCUAUCUCUGCUCAUAUCUGCCUAUCAAUCUAUGUAUUAUAUCUGUUGAUAUCUAUGUUGACACCUUUUUAUCUAUCUAUCUAUCUAUCUAUCUAUCUAUCUCUGUUGAUAUCUAUCUAUCUAUCUAUUUAUAUCUGUUGAUAUCUACGUAUCUCUUUUGA